AUGCUAGCACGAGACUUCAAACGUGUCGUCGUUAUUGUCGGGCCCUUCCUCCUACUUGUCUACAUUGGCCUUCGUUGCCUAGAUAUUAGAGAUUCAGCCGCAGGACCAAACUCCUGGUUCGAUCAUAUCUUUGCACCAACCUGGAAACAAGUCGAUGAGCUGAAGCCACAUUCUGGGCCGUCAUUAACGGCUUCUCCACCUUCCGCGGUGCCCACCGCAUCAUCAUAUGCCAUCGCGAACCCUGCCACGGCUGCUACAGAGCAGACACAUCAUGAGUUAUUGUCGAUAUCAACUCCUGAUAAGAAGUUCUUCUCUAUCCGCUUCGCUGAUGAAGAAACCAUCAAUCCCAACAUUAUUCCCCACCCUACCCUGAGCGACACUUACAUCAUCGUCGCCCAGAAGCGGAAAGCAGAGGACAACUCCAUCGAACAUGUUGAGAUCGUCUGCAAUGCAGUCUUCACGUUGCAAGGCCUUACAUGUACUGAAGCACCAACCGUUCUUCCAAUUGCAGCAACAAAGGGCGGCGAUGAUAAGUGCCCUCCUAAUUUAGCUUAUGUCGCUCUAAACAUUGGACCUCACGACGCUCGUGUCUUCCAUGGACCCAAGGCACCAUUCAUCAUUUAUGGGUCCAACUCUGUCUUUGCUUGCUUCGGGCAGCACAUGCAAGACUUUCGGACACUAGGCAACUGGGGGUUUCCGAUCUCACUCAACGAGGGUUUCGGGACAGGAACGGAGCUUCAACGCCCGCUCCCUUGGAACACAAUGGAGAAGAACUGGUUCCUAUUCUGGGACGAGGAGGGCGCCGCUUAUGUGCAUCACGACAUCGCACCGAGGCGAGUCUUUUCGAAGCUAAACCCCGACGGCUCUGCAGGAACGGACCUUGCGCCCUUGGCGUUUGGUGAUGAAGGCUGCUUGUCGAAGUACAUGCCGAAACUACCGCCGGACCACGAGUCAAUUCACCAAGCAACCAAUUCGUUGAGUGUUACGUUUUGUGAGCGAAACGACCCGAACUGCAAGCCUAGUAACGACAACACUUUCAUUUUUGCAAUAUUCCAGCAUAAGACAUACUAUCGGUACCAUAGCGAGUAUGAGCCUUAUGCGAUGGUAUUCCGACAGAGGGCUCCAUUUGAGAUGUUCGCUGUUUCCAAGAAACCUCUAUGGAUUCACGGACGUGAGAAAAAAGAAAACGGAAGUUCGGAUAUGUUCUACGUCACGUCCAUGAGUUGGAAAUCGAAUCAGCAAAGAUAUCAUGGAUACUUGGAUGAUGUGAUUUUUGUUUCCUUUGGAAUCGAGGACGAGCGGACAGGUGGUAUAGACGUCCUUGCUAAAGAUUUAUUGACUGAGCUUGGGACCUGUUUGGAGGUCUGA